AUGAAAGACAGUAACGAGGAGUUGGUUGCAUUUGAGACAAAACGAAUUGAGAACGACAUUGUCAGAACAAUCGAGAGAAUGGAGAAUCAACCAAAACGGCGAAAUGAAUAUCAAGUAGAAGCUAGUCAUAUUUCGAACGAAUCGAAUGAUUUUACAACAAAAUCACACAAGAAAACCAAUGAUUAUAAACCAUUGAAGAGGCGGGUGAACUCUGGAUUAUCGAUCGUAUUGCUGCCUGACGAAAAAGUGCAUCGAUUGUAUUCAGAAGGAAUUAAGAAAAUUGUGAAAAAAGAGAGAAAUGAGCUGCCAAUGGCGAAACGGUUAAGAUAUCCGAUUGAGAACUCUGCGAUUCAAUCUGCACACUAG